AGACAAUUGUCUGUAUAUAAAGCAAAAAAAAAUUUAAGUCUAUUAUAGAUUUGUUGGUAGAACACAAUUAAGGCAAUAUGAAAUUCCUGUUGAUCGCUGCUCUCGUCGCUCUGGCUACGGCCAGCCCAUCUCGCUUGAUCGUUCCCGGACCUGCCGGGCCCGAACCCAUCGUUGAUGAAAAUGGUAGCCCCAUCGAUGUUGGACCCGUUAUUAUUGACGAAGACUCGCCCAUCGACGUCGGACCCGUCAUCAUUGACGAAGACUCGCCCAUCGACGUCGGACCCGUCAUCAUUGACGAAGACUCGCCCAUCGACGUCGGACCCGUCAUCAUUGACGAAGACUCACCCAUCGAUGUCGGACCCGUCAUCAUUGACGAUUCUUCAGUAGGACCCUCUCCUUCAGUUUCCCCUCUGGUCCAGAUCAUCAUCAACGUCAACUCUAACGCUAACAAACCUCAGCCAGGCCCCGUCAUCGAUGACGAGAGUGAUGCUCACAUUCCUGACCAGCCCGUAAUCAUCGUCGACGAGCCCGAAAUCAUAGAAGAGCCUGUUGUUCCUGAGCAAGUUAUUGUUGUUCCUGUUGACCCCAACCCCGCAGCAGUCCUCCCAGAAGCCCUAAACUAAAUAUUAUAAAAACGAAAUAACCAAAGAACAAAAAACAAUCCCUUUGUAAUAGAAGACUCGACGCCCAUCAAUGAUGAUUCUGUCUUCUAAGCACCAAUCACCAACCCGAUAAAUAGACUUUUCUCUUAGGUGAUAUUAAAUAUAUUAAGUUUAUGUAUAUAUUAAAAUAUUAACUAAAAUAAAUAUAAUUGAAAUAUA